AUGUUUGAAGGACUAUAAAUUGGAAGAGCAUUGACGGAGUUGUCAUUUUCCCUCCAGUUUUUCUCCUACACGGGUUAUUUAAGGUGUGAUUUCCUCUCUGUUCAAGAUGCAUUUUUAUGGAGCUCUGAUCCUCUUCAUGACACUGUCUGCAGCCUAUGGGUUGAAAUGCCACACAUGUGUUGGAGGUAUCGGCUGCUCAGCGGUGAAGACUUGUCCUUCCGGAUUGAACCGUUGUUCCAGCGUCGAGUUCUUGGGUUUGAAAACCAAGAGUUGCAUGACCAGCGAGUUAUGUGUUGAACCCAUUAAGUGCUGUUUCUACGACCUGUGUAACAGCGCCAUGCCCGCCGGCAGCAGUCCGCUCCUCCUGCUGCUCUCCUCGGCCAUCAUCACCGUCUUUCUCUGAGGCUCCGGAGCAGCUACAGCUUAACAAAAUGUGUCUUCUUUUUUUGGAACCCUAGAAGAAUAAAUACAUUUCCGGACGUAUAAAAGCUGUAAAUGAAUAAUAAUAAUAAUAAUAAUAAUAGAUGACAUUUGUAUAGCGCCUAAUGCAUCUCAACAUUUGUUCAAUAAAAGACAACAUUAUGAAUGAUUAUGUAAUUGUUUAAUUGAUUUGUUCUGCAUUUCACAUUACUAUGUACAGCAACGGCAGUUUUGUCAUGAAGCCAUAAUAAGAAACAUGGGUGACAAAACAGGACAUAAAACAUUAACAAUAUUGAGGAAAUUAAUAAAUUAAAUUGCUCAGGAUUAAUGAGCAGAUCAGCGGACUAAAAUGUUUGGACUGUGAGUUACUUUUGAUCAACAGGUCAACACAAGCAUUAAUAAAAAGACAGAAAA